GAACAAUUUUGCCCCGUGAAUACGGGUGCAGGUGCGGGUGCUGCAGAACGCGCGGGCCUUUUCAUGCUUUUCAUUGCUUUCAUAUGCUUUCAUAUAUAAUUCAUUCAGAAGUCAGAACUGUUCAGAAAUCACAAUUGUUUACAUAUGUAAGUGGUCUAAGUCGCCUAAGUGUUCAGAACAGUUCAGAAUGAUUAUAAACGUAUAAAUGUUUUAGUUGAUAUUUAUCGAAAUUAAUACUACUACAUAUGAAUAUUAUAAAUAUAUUUGGAAUUGUAUAUUUUGGAUAAGUUUUACAACCACUUGUUUUAUUCAGUUAAUUAUCUCUGGUGACUAAAUAAAUCAUUCUAACCUAAAAUAGUAUUUAUUGUUAUAUUACCUAGAAAAAAAACAUGGAGCCAUUGAAAAAUCAUCUAGACGCUUUGGAGAUGGCAGGAAAAAUGGUGGAUAAACACAUUGUCGCUGACAGCAAUUUUCCAUUGUUAAUUAAUUUAAUGAGAUAUACUGUCCAAAGUGGACCAACAGUAUCUGGUCUAGAUGAUCACGACUAUCCAAAAUUAAAUGGCAACUCAUCAAGUUUAACAAGCAUAAAUCAGAUGAAAAUGCACAGUAAAAUACCACUACCAUCAGAAGUAAUGGAGCAUUUUAGUCACAUGCAAUGUCACUGCAUGAUGGGCCUAUUUACUGACAUCUCCAAAGCUUGGUUAACAAUCGAUUCUGACAUUUACGUUUGGUCAUACGAAAAUGAAUCAGAUGUUGCAUAUUUUGACGGUCUCAAUGAGACAAUAAUCAGUGUUGGUUUUGUGAAACCAAAACCAGGAAUAUUCCAAAGCUACGUAAAGUAUCUUUUGAUUCUGACAACAACUGUCGAAAUUACUGUUCUUGGUGUGACAAUGAAUGAAAAAUCUGACGGCACUCAAGGCGAGAUUCAACUAGUACCAGAGCCAAUAUUUACAGUUGCAACAGAUGGUAUUGCUAUAACAACAAUUGCAAAUACAAAUAGUGGUCGUAUAUUUUUGGGUGGUAGAAAUGGUUCACUUUAUGAAAUACAUUAUCAAGCUGAAUCGUCGUGGUUUGGCAAACGUUGCAAAAAAAUUAAUCAUUCUGAAGGACCUCUUUCAUUUUUGGUGCCAUCAUUUGUGACAAUUGCCUUAACAGAAGAAGAAUCAAUUGUCCAAAUAUCUGUUGAUGACUCACGUAAUAUACUAUACACACUUGGUGACAAAGGAACAAUAAUGGUAUGGGAUAUUGACAACAAUGGUGCAACAAAAAUAACAAGUUUAUCGCAGUCAUCACUCGUUCAAAAUACUGUUCAUGUUGUCAAAACAUUAGACAGUAAUAAUUUUCGUCCAUUGGUGAGUAUAUCAGCAAUAAAUGAAUCUGAGUCAGUCCAUCUUAAUCUCGUAGCUGUUGCAGCAACUGGUACAAGAUUUUAUUUCACUUGUUCAUCAAUAACAAACCCAGGACCACGUCCACAGUGUUUACAAUUAAUACAUGUACGUUUACCUCCUGGUUAUGCUGCUAAUGCACCAGUUAUGAGACCAAGAAAAGCACAAAUGGCACAUUACCGUAAAGGGACAUUAAUACUUAUUUGUGGUGGUGAUACUGAAACAGCUUGGUGUCUGAGUAACGAUGCAUAUCCAUUUACAAAUUAUCUUGCUGAAACACAGAGUAUACUACCACUUGAUAGUCCAGCCUGGGCAAUGGCUGAGAUACCAGGAGAAUCAGCAAUUUAUAUUGAUAAACAAGUUGGACAAAUUGGCGAACCACCAUUACUUGUACGUCAACAUAUGGAACCACCGAGAAAAUUUAUAUUUUUAACAGCACAAGGUGCAAUCAUACUCGUUCAAGUACGACCAGUUGAUAUUUUACGACAAUUAUUAUUAGAACAAAGAGGACCCGAUACCGAAGCUGUUCGUUCAUAUUUUGAAUCGCAAUCACCCGAGCAAGCAUGUGCAACAUGUCUUAUUCUUGCGACACUUGAAAGCUCACAAAAUGCACAAUUAUCAGAGUGGGCAACACGGGCAUUUUUUCUUUAUGGGGGACAACGCAUUAUUACGAAUUAUCAACAAGGACAACAAUCUGAUCUUCAUGCAUUGUACAAUGUUUGCACAUCAACACCAAGAAUACCAAUAAUUGAUCGUCCUGGUAUAUUUAAACCACCUCAACAAACUGGAUUAUCAUUAAAUAUUGAAACUGCAAUUCAACAGUUUUCGGGUAAACAUGGAGGGCUUUAUCUUUAUGUAGGUAGAAUUUUACGACCAAUAUGGAAUCUUCGAUGUAUCAAACAAGAAACAAUCAAUGGAAAAUCACAAAUAUUAAGUACAAUUUUUUCUACUCAAAUUGGAUGGAUUCUUGGACAUCUCCAGGCUCUUAGAUCGUUUUUAAAUAAAAAUACACAUAUUUCAAAACAACAUAAUGCUACUAGAGUUGGUCAUGAUGGUUUUGAAACAUCAAUGACUCAUUAUCAAGAGCCCCUUGUUGAAGAAAGAAAUUCACUUGAUGCAUUGAAAGGAUUUAUCAAUCAUGCUUGUGAAGUACUUGGUCUUUGGAAAAUACUUUGUGAAAAUCAACUACACAGUAUUGUUAGUUGUUUAUCAAAAGAUCAAAUAAAUCAAUUUUCAACAGCAACAUUUCGUGACUUGAUACUAAUUGGACAUGAGAUAUCAUCAUUGUUAAUAAUUCAUUUGAUCGAAAGUUAUUUGGGUGACAAUGCAUCAGUCGAUGUUGUUAGUUCAAAAUUGCGUGAAGUAUGUCCAAGUUUAUACAAAAGUGAAGAUGCGAUUUGUUCAAAAGCAAAUGAAAUAAUAUUAAAAGCUAAAAAUUCACAAAAUCCAGAUGAAAAAGAAAGCUAUUUGCAAUCAGCAUUGAAAUUAUGUAAAACAGUUGCACCACGUAUUAAUUUAACAGCAGUUUGUCAACAAUUUUUUGCUUGUCAUUUUCAUGCUGGUAUUUUAGAGCUAUCACUUUGUUGUGCUAAUAAAAUUGAUCAAAAUAAUGCUGCAUUGCAUUAUUAUAAAAAUAAUGAGCCAACUGAAGAUCUAGAAGGCAAUUCAGCAUACAUGAAAAGACUAGAAAUAUACAAAGAAGUGAUAUCAAUGCUUGAUCUUUUGUAUAAUCAAAGUAUAUCAAAUCCAUUAACACCAACAGUCCCUAGUAAACCCGGACCACCAAUAUACAAUAAUUCCGUUGCAUCAAUUGCACCAGCAAAACAAACACUACAUCAAAUUAUUGAAGAUGCACUUCAAAGCUCUUGUACUAUACUUCACAGUGCAAUUUACAGAUGGAUGAUUGAUCGUUGUUUACAUGGUGAACUUAUUGCUCUUGCUGCCUCAUCACUUGAGACAUAUCUUAUUCGUGUUAAUAAACCAGAAUUACUUUGGCAAUUUUAUGAAAGAAAUAAAAAUCAUGCUGCAGCUGCUAAGAUACUUGAUGAUCUUGCAACGAAACCAGGAUCAGAUAUACAAUUACUACAACGUGUUGAAUAUCUUGCUCGUGCUGUUGUUUGUAUGAGAAGUGAUCAAACUGGAUAUGCACCAUAUCUAGGGGUAUUUUUACGUGAACUUGAGGAUAAAGUUGAAGUUGCAAGAAUCCAACAGCAAAUACUCGAGACAAUAUGCAAUCAGCAACAUCUAUAUGAUGACAUGGUUAUUAGAGAUGCCAAACUUCGUUUAAAUUCAUCUCUUCUUGAUAUUACUCAGCUUUAUGAAGAAUAUGCUGAUCCACAUCAACUUUGGGAAUGUAAAUUAGCAAUAAUACACUGCUCUGGUCAUCAAGAUGCUAUGCUUGUCCAAGGUAUAUGGACAAAUAUUAUUGACAAUGAAAUGAAAAAUUCACAAGGACAAGCACCUGAGGAUAAACUACCAAUUGUCAUGAGUAAAAUUAAAAUGUUAGGUCAAGAAUACUCUGGUACACCACACUGUUUUCCAAUUGAUUUUCUUUUGAAAGAACUUGAAUUGCGUGCUUGCCGUUUACAUGUACCAAAUACUGAUAUUAUGACUGGAUUUUUACAACUCGGUGUUGCUAUGGAAGAUUUAUUAGAUCUUUAUGACAAAAUGAUUGGUGGUAAUAAUCGUGUUUGGCUCAAUGAAGGCAAUGAAUUUCAUUUAAUACAAUCAACAGCAAAUCUCGUCAAUUAUUUCACAAAUAAUACUAAAAUUGGUAAUAAUUUUGUUAAAAGAAAAGUCAUUAUCAAAUCACAAGAUAUUAUUUCAAAAUGUUUAACAACACUUUUCAGUAAAACUAAUGCUAAUGAAUUAAUAAAUAGACUCAGAGCCAUUCAGACACUUCUUAAUAGAUUAUAAAAUUAUUUUUUAUACGUUUUAAUAUUAUUAUUUUUUUUUCUAUUACGAUUUUUUAUAAACGAUAUCAUGAUUAUUGUAAUGUCGAAAAAUUGAUUAAUAAAAAGAUUGUAAUAAUAAUAAAUAAAUUUGUAUGUUUUUCUGAAAAACA